ACUUUUUUGAUAUUCGCUGUCAGAUUGUGCCGACUGCUGGCUGCGUGUGUGCUCAUAUAUAUAUCUUUAAAUAACAUAAUCACUAACAUAAAAAAUAUACAUAUACAUUAUGAAAACACGAAAAUGGGAAGAGUUGAAAGAGUUAAAUAUAUGGUUAAGCAAUCCUGUAUUAAAAACAUUAAAACAAUUGGAGUUCUUUGAGAUGACACCAGUUCAGGAAGCUUGCAUACCAUUAUUAUUGAGUGGUAAAGAUGUUGCGGUAGAAGCAGUUACAGGCAGUGGAAAGACGCUUGCUUUUCUUAUUCCAUUAUUGGAGAUGUUACAAAAACGACCAGAAAAGUGGAAGCCUAUGGAAGUAGGAGCUAUAAUAAUCAGUCCAACAAGAGAACUAGCUACACAAAUUAGUGAAGUUUUAGGACAAUUUUUAAAGUUGAUCCCAUCAUUGAAGGAAGUAUUACUUGUUGGAGGUACAACACCAGAAGAAGAUGUAAAGAAAUUGACAAAGGGAAUGAACAUUAUUGUUGCUACUCCUGGGAGAUUGGAAGACAUUUUAUCUAAUUGUAAAACUAUAAAUUUGAGUUUAUGUGUAAAAUCUCUGGAAUUUCUUGUACUGGAUGAAGCAGAUAGAUUAUUAGACUUGGGUUUUUCAGUUACAUUAAAUAGUAUUUUAAGCUAUUUACCACGUCUUAGAAGAACAGGAUUGUUCUCUGCAACACAAACAAAAGAAUUGCAGCAAUUAAUUAGGGCAGGACUGAGAAAUCCUGCAAUAAUUGUUAUAAAGGAAAAAUCAAAUGUUUCAACACCAGUAAAUUUGAAGAACAGUUACACAAUUGUUCAGGCUCAGCACAAGCUGUCAAUCAUGAUAGAUUUCAUACGUUCAAUUGGACUUCAACAAACAAAGUAUAUGAUAUUUUUACCUACUUGUGCAUGUGUGGACUACUUUAGUAAAGUAAUACAAGCAUUGUUGCCAUCAAUUGAUGUAUUUUGUCUACAUGGCAAAAUGAAAAGUCAGAGAUUCAAAGUAUUUGAUCAAUUUCGACAGGCCAAAAAUGGCGUUUUAAUAUGUACCGAUGUAAUGGCACGUGGAAUUGACAUAUCUGAGAUACAAUGGGUUUUGCAGUAUGAUCCUCCUUCCAUCGCAAGUAAUUUUGUACACAGAUGUGGUAGAACUGCUAGAAUCGGCAAUGAAGGAAAUUCAUUGCUAUUUCUUCUGGAGACGGAGGAUGCGUAUGUUGAUUUUAUUAAAAGAAAUCAGAAAGUCGAAUUGCAACAAAUAGAAACAAAACCAGAUGAUAAUACUGUGGAAGAAUGCUUGCGGUGUAUGAGAAAGUUGCAACAACAAGAUCGACUUAUGUUUGAUAAGGCAAAUCGCGCGUUUGUUUCGUACAUACAGGCGUAUAAUAAACACGAAUGUAAUUUGAUUCUUCGAUUGAAGGAUAUGGAUUUAGGAAAGGUGGCCAUGGGUUUCGGAUUGUUAAAAAUGCCAAAAAUGCCCGAACUUAAGGGAAAGGAUGUCUCAUUUUUUGUUGGUCCUGAGAUCGACGUUAAUGAAAUACCUUACGCAAACAAACAACGUGAAUUACACAGAAUAAAGAAAUUAAUUAAGUAUCAGAACACUGGUGUCUGGCCGGGUAAAUGCAAGCGUAAACAGAAACAAACCGAAUCCUGGUCAGAAUCCAAAAAAAAACAUCACGAAAGGCAAGAGAAACGAAACAAACGAAAACAACAGAAGAAAUUGGAACAACAUUCAGCUUCGGCUAAAAAGAAAAGAAAACUAAUUGAUGAGGAAUCCCUCGCGGAAUUAGCAAAAGAUAUAGCGUUGAUCAAGAAAUUCAAAAAGAAAAAGAUCUCAGAAGAAGAGUUUGAUAUGGCUUUUGGAGUCUAAAGCGUUUAUAAUGAAUUUGAAUUUAAAGUUUUAUUU